GCAUGCGCAGUGUCAUUCUGAGUCACGUGAAAAGCGUGGCUGCGUUCUCCUUCAGCAGCAAUAGUCCGGUGUGGAGGAUGAGCUCCGGCAACGGGACCAGGAGGAAGGUCUCCCAGCCGCAGCACUUCGACGACACAGUCGACCCCGAAACGCUGAUUGAGAUUCAAGGUAUUUUUUGUAAAAUCAGAACGUAUGUGAAACCUUCGGGUGGCGAGUGGUGCGUCCCCGACCCAAACGCCGCUCUAAAGCACGGCGCGGAGGAGCACCCCGCUCUGCAGGCCCUGAAGGCGUCGCUGAACGGGGUCAAGAACCAGCUCAGUGACAAGAACGUCGAGGUCUGGCAUCAGCACACCAACUCCACCAAUCGGGCCGGGAAGGUGAUCGCUGCCGUGCGCUCCGCUGCCAACGCGGAGAUCUGCACUCAGGCCUGGUGCAAGUUCUUUGAGAUCCUGGGAACCUUCGACCUUCUUCCCGUGGAGGCUCUUCAGGACGGGGAGCUGAACACGGUCCACCUGUGCGAAGCUCCGGGGGCUUUUAUAACCGCUCUGAACCACUACACCAAAACCAGCGAGUCCGCGCGCCACUGUGACUGGAGCUGGGCCGCCAACACUCUCAACCCGUACCACGAGGCCAACGGCAGCGGCGCCACAAUCGCCGACGACCGGCUGAUUGCCAACACGCUGCCCCGGUGGUUCUUUGGAUCGGACAACACUGGCGACGUCAUGACCCAGAAACAUCUGCUGGAGCUGCAGGCGUUUGUGGCCAACAUGCGCAGGGUUGACGUGGUGACGGCGGACGGCAGUUUCGACUGUCAGGAGAAGCCGGAUGAGCAGGAGGCGCUGGUGGCGUCGCUGCUUUACUGCGAAGCCACCGCCGCGCUGCUGCUGCUGAGCCCCGGCGGCUCCUUCGUGCUGAAGAUGUUCACCCUGUACGAGCACUCCUCCGUCUGCCUGCUCUACCUGCUGAGCUGCUGUUUCCGAUCCGUCAAUGUCUUCAAGCCCGCCACCAGCAAGUCGGGCAACUCCGAGGUGUACGUCGUGUGUCUGCACUACGACGGCAAGGAGGCUGUGCGGCCCCUGCUGGCGAAACUGAUUCGCAACUACGGGCCACAUCUGGCCGACCGAGAGGCGCUUUUCCCGAACUCGCUUGUCCCGCGGUCGUUUCUGAGGCAGCACGAAGCAGUGUGCUCGUACUUCCACGCGCUGCAGGUGGAGACCAUCACGGAAAACCUGCGACUGUCUGAGGGAAUGAGCGGCGAGCAGAGGCGGCGUCUCGACUACAUCAGGGACCGCACGGCUCAGGAAUACCUGCAGCGCUUCCAGGUGACCUUCCUCCCACGAAGUCGAUGGGUCUCUCGUAACGCGGUGACUCCCGCCUGCUGCGGCGCCUCAGCGGGCCGACCCCUGGGACAGAAGAAGCAAACGGGCUCCUUCAACGAGCGCAGGGAAUUGCAGACCCUGAGCUGGAGGCAGCGCCUCCAGAGAGGUUGCCACGCAGCCUGGGUACAGACGCACUGCGCCGAGGCCUCGGGGGCCGGCUGCGCGCUAGAAGGACCCCUGUCCGGCUGUCAGGAGGAUUUGUGGCACGUUGUCGUCGGAGCUGCGCUGCCCGCGGUCAGGAACUCUGCCUUCUGUGACGGAGGAUUGUUGACCCACGUGAAUGAAGCCCUGCUGCAUACAGCGGCAGACUGGACUCGCACGCCCCCGUGCGACUUCUGCCGCGCGCUCCACCCGGCCUCCGUCCUGUCCGAGGUCGCGGGUCUUUGCGUCGACCCGGUGGAAAUCGGAAAGCCGAGACGCUGUUUGGUGUUUGACAGCCGCUCAGCGUGGGACGCCUGUGAGGGCCAAUCGGGGGAUUUAGUCUUAACAUUUCCUGCAGAGCCGCCGGCUCCUCCAGGAGGCUGCAGCACUCUGCAUGACGGGGAUCCGCUGUACCAGCAGCGGCUUCUGGGUUGCGUUGCGUUCUCCCUGCAGACACUGAGCUCCGGGGACGCGCUGCUGCUGCCUUUGUCUUCGGCCUUCACCCGUGUCACCGCAGCCGUUGUGCUCUGCCUGCACGCGUGUUUUCGCUCCGUCACGUUCAGGUGUCCGCCCCCCUCCGGCGGAGUCGGGGCAGUGCUCGUGUGUGCAGGUUUAUGCCCUGAAGCUGCCGCACAACUGCUCCCUGUUCUCACCGAUGUCCAUAGCUGCAUGAGUCAGAUGUUAAGCGGAGAGGAGGAAACGGGUAAGAAUCCUGCGUCCGGGGGUCAGAGUCAGGUGCUGCAGUUUGUUCCCAUGGAGCAGCUUCUCACAGGAGAAGUAGCUGAGUUCCUGCGGACCAUGAACAGGGAAAUCAUCCGGCAGCAGCUGCAUUUUCUCAUGCAAUCAUAGUGCAGUCGAGUGUGAAAAAUUUCUGCAGGAACCACAUUCAACGAGCAAAUAAACUGUGGUUGAGUUGGCUCCUCCAGAUUCACCUCAAGUGAACGAUAAUCUACUCAUGUUUUGUAUUUUGUCUCAGUAAAAACCAUAUCACAGUCAA